ACUCAGACAGUAAUGCCAGGACAAGUCAUGCGGGUUACAACAGGUGCUCCAAUCCCCUGCGGUGCUGAUGCAGUAGUACAAGUGGAAGAUACCGAACUUAUCAGGGAAUCAGAUGAUGGCACUGAAGAACUUGAAGUGCGAAUUCUGGUGCAAGCUCGACCAGGCCAAGAUAUCAGACCCAUCGGCCAUGAUAUUAAAAGAGGGGAAUGCGUUUUGGCCAAAGGAACCCACAUGGGCCCCUCAGAGAUUGGUCUUCUGGCAACUGUAGGUGUCACAGAGGUUGAAGUUAAUAAGUUUCCAGUGGUUGCAGUCAUGUCAACAGGGAAUGAGCUGCUAAAUCCUGAAGAUGACCUCUUACCAGGAAAGAUUCGAGACAGCAAUCGUUCAACUCUCCUAGCAACAAUUCAGGAACAUGGUUACCCCACAAUCAACCUGGGAAUCGUGGGAGACAACCCAGAUGACUUACUCAAUGCCUUGAAUGAGGGUAUCAGUCGUGCUGAUGUCAUCAUCACAUCAGGGGGUGUAUCCAUGGGGGAAAAGGACUAUCUCAAGCAGGUGCUGGACAUUGAUCUUCAUGCUCAGAUCCAUUUUGGCAGGGUUUUUAUGAAACCAGGCCUGCCGACAACAUUUGCAACUUUGGACAUUGAUGGUAUAAGAAAAAUAAUCUUUGCCCUUCCAGGGAAUCCCGUAUCAGCUGUGGUCACCUGCAAUCUCUUUGUUGUGCCUGCACUGAGAAAGAUGCAAGGCAUCUUGGAUCCUCGGCCAACCAUCAUCAAAGCCAGGUUAUCAUGUGAUGUAAAACUGGAUCCUCGUCCAGAAUACCACCGGUGUAUACUUACCUGGCAUCACCAAGAACCACUGCCUUGGGCACAGAGUACAGGUAAUCAGAUGAGCAGCCGUCUGAUGAGCAUGCGCAGUGCCAAUGGAUUGUUGAUGCUACCUCCAAAGACAGAGCAUGCCAAAAGAAGACUGACGGUGGAGGCCCCACCCUGCCUCCAGACCGUCCCUGCAGAGCGUCCGGGGAGGGUUCCCACCCUGGUAGCCUCACAGCACAGUACUCUCGGGCAGUAACUGGAUACCUUUUAUUUGAACAAACAAACUGAAGAAAAAUGCUUCCUUAAGUGCUGACAGCCUUUUUAACCAAUACAUUUAAAAUUGUACAGAAAAAAAUAAAAUCAAAGACUGAUCUUGUACAGAUAUUAGUGUUACCAGCAUUCAUGUGGAAAUCAAGAGCAAAGACAAAAUAAUGUUAAACAACUCUGUACCAUAACAUUUUCUGUAAUGAUACUGAAACUUAAUGAAUAAAAAAAAAAUCCUUGAUCAUUAUUUAAAAAU